AUGAGGGUAACACUGGGCCAGAUAAUCAUGAGGGUAACACUGGGCCAGAAAAUCAUGAGGGUAACACUGGGCCAGAUAAUCAUGAGGGUAACACUGGGCCAGAUAAUCAUGAGGGUAACACUGGGCCAGAUAAUCAUGAGGGGUAACACUGGGUCCAGAUAAUCAUGAGGGUAACACUGGGCCAGAUAUCAUGAGGGUAACAACUGGGCCAGAUAAUCAUGAGGGUAACACUGGGCCAGAAAAUCAUGAGGGUAACACUGGCCAGAUAAUCAUGAGGGUAACACUGGGCCAGAUAAUCAUGAGGGUAACACUGGGUCCAGAAAAUCAUGAGGGUAACACUGGGCCAGAUAAUCAUGAGGGUAACACUGGGGCCAGAAAAUCAUGA